UUAUAUACUGAACGAGAAGUUUCCCUCUCCUUUAUUAUUUUUGGUUUUCUCGGCGGUUUCCAUCUCUCUUUCAUCAUUAUCAAACAAUCCAGGUAUUCUCUCUUCCAAGCUGCAAUUAUCAGUCGCCGUCGUCCUCCUCUCUACAACCUCUUCAUCUAUCUAAUAUACCAUUCUGCUUUCGUCGCCGUCCAUUGGAGAGUUCCGGCCGGUACCUUGGCUUCUCAUAUCAUGAAGCAGAUAAGAUGGAUGAAGUUCGCGAUUCUUUUGAGUCUGUUCGUUUUGACUUCCGGUAGAGGUUCUAAGUAUGACUGUCUAAAGAUGAAGCAAACAGAAAAUUAUUCUGUAUACAAUCACACUCUUGCAACAAUUAUAGCUGAAUACGCCUCUGCAGUUUAUCUAACAGAUUUAACAGAGCUAUUCACAUGGACAUGUUCAAGAUGCAAUGGUUUGACCGAGGGGUUCGAAAUUAUCGAGCUGAUUGUUGAUGUUAAGCAUUGCUUACAGGCAUAUGUAGGAUAUGCAAAGAAUUUAAAUGCUGUUAUUGUUGCAUUUAGAGGAACUCAAUGGAACAGCUUACAGAAUUGGGUUCAAGAUCUGUACUGGACACAACUAGACUUACACUACCCUGAUAUGCCUGAUGCAAUGGUGCAUCAUGGGUUUUAUUAUGCUUAUCACAAUACAACCGUACGUCCAGCAGUUCUAAAUGCCAUUAGAAGAGCAAAGGAAGCACAUGGAAACAUUGAUCUUUUAAUUACAGGUCAUUCCAUGGGAGGAGCCAUGGCUGCCUUUUGUGCACUGGAUCUUAAGAUAAGUGGAGAAACGGGAAACAUUCAAGUAAUGACAUUCGGACAACCUCGAAUAGGAAACGCUGCGUUUGCAAGUCACUACAUACAGCGAGUACCGCGAACAAUAAGAGUAACACACGAACAUGAUAUCGUGCCUCAUUUACCUCCACACUAUCAUUACUUCUCUCAAAAGACUUAUCAUCACUUCCCAAGAGAAGUCUGGAUUCAUUCAAUCGAUAAUGGUUGCUUGAUUUACACACUUGAGGAACUAUGUGAUACUUCCGGUGAAGACCCUUCUUGUAGCAGAUCGGUGAUUGGACGGAGCAUUCCAGAUCAUUUAAAAUAUUUUGGAUUGGAUAUGGGAUGUUAUGAUCCACGUACAUGCAAGAUUGUGGUUGAUCCUCGUUUGGAUGAAUUUACCAGACGAGAUAUUGAUGGAAAUACGGUUUUCUCCAGGUAUCCUAAUCUUAUUAUUAAUGUUAAUAAUAAUAAUAAGAGUACUUAUGACUACUUAAUUAGCUAG